AUGAUGAAUCCAAAUCUUAAUCCAGGUCCAUCGUUACCUAGCCAGCCCAGUCUUCUCUCGGGCUCCUUCUCAUCUGUGUCUCAUCCUUCAAACAAUCUGCAACCUCCUUCAUCGGGCUCUCUUCUGCAGCAGUUUUCUUUGAAGCUUCUGAAUUUGCCUCAGGAUUUGUCAGAGAGAGAGGCUCAACUCAUCUUUGCUUUGGUCAACGAUGACGUUGCCAGCGUUGAGCUCAAGGACCAAGUCAUUACUGCCGUUUUCAAGACUCUCAAUACUUGCAUCACCACAGGAAAACUUCUUGAACACAAGCCCAUUUUUGGAAGCAAUCUGCCGCAUGUAAACGUGGAGUACGAUGCUAAUGUGUCCAUGAUGGCUACAUCGAAUGCUUUCAACAACAUGAGACUUUCUAACUCCGGCAUCUCUCCUCCCUCAUCGCAUCCUGUUCCACUGGCUGCUCAGUUAUUAUCCAACUCUCAGUCUGGUCAGCAAUCAUUGGGCCAGGGAACGUUUGAUUCAUUCCAGAAACGCAAAUCUGUGGGUAAUCAAAGGUCUCGUUUCCUCUUUAGUGAUCCUUUCUCAGGUGCCACAACCCCAACAAAUGCAAAUCCUGGCGGCGGCUCCAUCGAUUUGAGUGACAUCACAGGUAAAUCGAUUCUCAUGAUGGAGUCUCACAAUGACGCUAGGGAGUAUGAAAACCUAGUACGCGACCCUUGGUCAUCUCAAGCGCCUGGAACCAUGAAUUUCGGAUCUAAUCCCGAAACACCAGGAAUGAACGUUUCUAACUCUUUUGAGUGGGGUGUUUCGUCAGGGCAGCUGAAUCAGCAAUCCCAACAGCAACAAUCAGGACAAUCGCUGUCUCAACAGCAGCAAUCCCAGCAGCAGCAGCCGCAACAACAGCAACAGCAGCCAAACCACUCGAACAAGUCGCAGUCGGCUUCUUCAAUGAGCGGCUCUGUCUCUCUGACCUCAAAUGCCCCUGGCUCACUUAAUGGAGAGAGAAGAAGAACCUCAUCUGCAUUCUUCACAAACGGACCAGGCAGCACGGUUCAACCACAGACGGCUUCUCAACCCCAGACCACGCAACAACCUCAAACAGUGGCUGCAAUCCUUUCUCAGGGGCCAACACAAUCCAACGGAAACAACUUGACCCCCUUGUCCAUUCCAUCCAAUUCCAUCAAUAGAAAUGGACCACCCUCAUCUUCAUCCGCUCCCGGUACUCAAGCGGCCAGUCAGUCAUCUCAACCAAACUCCGCAACAACACCAACUAAUUCAGCUCGCUCAUCUACGAAGGAUGUGCCAGAUUUGUCCUUGUUAGCGAGAGUACCACCACCAGCAAACCCUGCUGACCAAAACCCUCCCUGUAAUACGUUAUAUGUUGGUAAUCUUCCUCCAGAUGCCACGGAAGCUGAGCUUCGCACAUUGUUUUCACCGCAGAAAGGUUUUAGGAGAUUAUCGUUCAGAACAAAGAAUCAGUCUUCGAGUUCCAACGCGAACUCUUCCCACAACCAUGGCCCGAUGUGUUUUGUUGAGUUUGAGGAUGUUGCACAUGCUACUAUCGCUCUUGCAGAAUUGUAUGGCCGUGCUUUACCUAGACCGAACGGUAGCAACGGUAAAGGGGGAAUCAGACUUUCUUUUUCCAAAAAUCCCCUCGGCGUUAGAGGUCCGGGAAACCCCAGAAGGACAUCAUCGCAACAGGGUUCCAACAGUGGAACAAACAGCAAUGUUGGAAACUAUGGCUAUCAAAACUAUCAUUGA